AUGGGAAACGCCCACAACUCCAAAGUAGCUGCUCUCGAGAGCUUCCUGAAAGACCAUCCAUACAUUAAGUUCAUCACAUCCUCUUCCCCAGAUUACAUCUCCCUUCGAGCUGUUUUCAGCCUGGACAGCACCGCCACCCCGCUAGCCAUCGUUCGUCCGCAGUCCGCCAGCGAUGUAGCUCUUCUCGUCAGCUACGCCAAAUCUAAUGGCAUCAAAUUCGUCAUCCGAACUGGGGGACACAACAUUUUUGGCCUGUCAAUUGUUGAAGGAGCUUUGACUAUCGAUAUGCGUGACAUCUCAUAUGUCAAUAUCGACAAGCAGAGCUCUACUGCUCGGAUUGGGGGAGGCAUAUUGGAAGGUGAAUUGGUGGAACAGUUGGCGAAGGAGGGUCUGGCUACACCAACUGCGAGUGUAGGAUCGAUCGGCCAUGUAGGUUGGGCGACUUAUGGUGGUUAUGGUUUAUUUCGGUCUAAUUUCGGACUGGGAGUCGAUCAGAUUGUUGCUGCUAAAAUUGCCGAUGCCAAAGGCGCCAUUUUUGAAGCAGAUGAAAGGCUUUUGAGGAGUAUUCGUGGGGCUGGAGGCAUUUUUGGCGUCAUUGUUGAACUGACAAUCAAAGUAUAUCCGCUAAAGGCUAUCCUCGCCGGGAGCUUAUUUUAUGAUUCCCGAGAUCUCAACGCAAUUUUCCGGAGCUUUAACGUGGGAUAUCAAGCGCUUUCGGCUAAAGGAGUACCACCACAGUUGACACUCAACCAAGUCUUGGUCAAUACGCCUCAUGGCAGGACUUUUGGAGUUAUCUUCAUAUGGAGCUCGGAAGAUGAGGCAACGGGAAGACACUGGCUUAAGAAGGUUGAAGCACUGGGAACCGUUGUCAUGAAUAUGGUCGCAAUGACCUCGAUUCCAGACUGGAUCAGAGGAGCAGCCAGAUUUACUCCCACUGGCUUUCACGGCGAAGGCCGGACUCGCAACAUUCGCCAAAUGACUGCCGAAGUCACGGAUAUCAUAGCAAGAAGCUUUGAGAAGAUGCCGACGGAUCCUGGAUCCAUGUUUGCCAUCCAUGAUAUGCGUGGUGCUGCUCUCAAUUCCGAUAUCGGUUCUGUCUUUGGAACUCGAGAUCCUCACUUCUUGCUUGAAAUUCUUGGGGGAGCCGUAGUCAAGGAGAAUAGGGAGCAAGCUCUUGAUUGGAGCACGUCGCUUUGGCAGGAUUUUAAACACAUCGAGUCAGGGAAUCUUCUUCCAAGCACGUAUAUCUCAUUGGAACCUCCCGAUCAGACUCCUGGGGACCCGCUGUCCAAGAUCUUCGGGUCCAAUGAUCAAGAAGUCCGGAAUUUGAAGGGAGAGUACGAUCCAGAAGACGUUUUUGACUUGGCAUUGCCGAAGCUUAAGAAUUAUUUGUAG